AUGUCCAACGCGCUGCUGUCCAGUCAGUACACCAUGCCUCUUGAGGCCAACAUCAUCACCUCCGAGGCGGAGGCACUCCAUGUCGGCUUCAUAAUGGCGCUGCGCGACCGCGACAUCUCUUGCUGGGACGCCGGCUUCGCGUUCGGCCUGUGGAACCAGCUGCAGUUCCUGGAGCGCCACUGGCCGCUUCUCGUCCAGGGCAUCCGCACCGGCCGGCUGAGCGCCACGCUCAAAGUCAGCGACGAGCAGCGACGCAUCAUCGACGCGCUGCUGACGCCGGAGCCGCGCCGCGCCGACGAGCUACAGCGGGAGUUCGAGCUCGGCUUCGACAGCAUCGUGCCGCGCAUCUUCCCACGCAUGCGGGUGGUGUGGGCUCUCUCGUCGGGCACCUCGAUGGCCGUGCACAGGGAGCGGUGCAAGCGAUAUCUGGGCGGCCUGUCGGUCAGCUCGCCCGUCUACACAGCGUCCGAGGGCAUGAUCGGUGUUAACGUGCGCGAGCCAGGCUGGUCGCCGGCCUACGCGCUCGUGCCUGCCGGCAACUUUGUCGAGUUCCUGCCGGUGAACGAGUCGGGUGAGGCGGAGCCGGACGUGGCGCCGCUGCUGGCGUCAGAGGUCCGCGUUGGCCAGCUCUACGAGGUCGUCGUCACUAACGCCACCGGGUUGUACCGCUACCGUAUGGGUGACGUGGUGCGCGUGGUCGGCACCUUCCACCAGUCGCCCACCUUCGACUUCCAGUUCCGCGCCAAGCAGAUGCUCAAUGUACACAUGGAGAAGGUGUCGGAGGCGGCGUUCACGGCGGCGCUCCAGCAGGCAGUAGAUGCGUGGCCAGACCAGCGCUUACUCGACUUCACCACGGCCGAGAGCGUGCUGGACUCGGCGGCCGCCGCCGGGCCGCCGCACUACCUGGUCUUCCUGGAGCUGAGCGGACCGCCGUUGUCACCGGAGCAGGCUACCGAGGUCGACCGUUCGCUCCAGGAGAGUCACUACGUGUACAAGUCGUUCCGCGUCAAGGACGCCAUUGGACCGAUGCGGCUGGUGCGCGUGCAUGAAGGCACGUUCACAGCGUUCCGUCAGCACGUGUGUGACACCACGCCGGCCGCCACGCAGCAGUUCAAGCAGCCAAGGGUACUGCGCACCGAGGAGCAGGUGCGGUUCUUCCUGGACAAGGUGGUGUGA